AUGGUCAAAUCUUACAACAAAGAACACCGGUGUCUCCAAACGCGGAAUGUUAAAGCUUGUACUUAUAAGUUUCUCGCCAAACAAAUUGCAAGUCAGGUGGAAUCUAACCCAACUAUUCCAAUUAGUACUUUACAAGAACAACUACAACGUGAUUACCAAGUGGGACUUUCCAAGAUGAAGGUGUUUAGGGCUAGAACUGAAGCUCUCAAUCAGGGAUUUGCUGCUGGAAGAAGAGACUUUCUUGGUCUCGAUGGUGCUUUUAUGAAGGGUCCAUACCCAGGACAAAUACUUUCAGCUGUGGGAAUUGAUGGUAACAAUGCAACAUAUCCAUUGGAUUAUGCUGUUGUGGAAUCUGAGAGUACCAACUCAUGGAGUUGGUUUCUAACUUGUCUAGGGGAUGAUUUAGGUUUAGGAACCAACUCAAAUUUUACAUUUAUGACAGACAGGAAAAAGGGAGUGUUACCUGCUAUAGCCAAGUUGUUUCCAUGCGCUAAGCAUCGUUAUUGUCUUCGUCAUAUCCAUGAAAACAUGAAAGCUAGUUGGAGGGGAAAGCAAUUCAAAGACCUGCUAUGGGAUUGUGCAAAAGCAUCUACUGUUCAACAGUUUCAACGAUCAAUGGAGGAAGUAAGAAAACUUAAUAAUGAUGCGUAUGAGUGGCUUAAAAACAUUCCUCCUCAACAUUGGUCUCGUUCACACUUUACAGGUAGAGCUCAUACAGAUGCUAUGCUUAACAAUAUGUGUGAAUAUCUGAAUAGCAAGAUUGUUGAAGGUCGUGAUGUACCAAUCAUUACAUGUUUGGAGUACAUUAGAGAGUACUUAAUGAAGAAAGUUGUAACUGUUCAAAAGGAAAUUGAUAAAGCUACAUGCCCCUUGACUCCCACAGCUACCAUAUGGGUUGGAAAAUUGAAGAAAGAGGCUACACAAUUAAGGUCUGUUUUCUAUGGUAAUGGGAAAUAUCAAGUCAGUAAAAAUCUUAUGGAACAGUUCGUGGUAGAUAUGGGCCAACAGACAUGUUCAUGUAGAAGGUGGGAACUAAUAGGGAUACCAUGUGCACAUGCAAUAGCAACUAUGUGGGAGAUGUUGAAGAACAAAGAGAUUGAUAAGAUACCAGAAGAUUGGGUGAAUCGAACAUAUUGGUUAGAAACAUGGAAGAAUAUGUACUCUUUUACAAUUCAGCCAAUCAAUGGAAGGAACAUGUGGGAGAAGUCUACAUUCCCUACAACCUUACUCCCUCCAAAACACCAUGUGCCCAUUGGAAGACCAAAGAAAAAAAGAAGGAGAUCUACCAUGGAGGUUGAGGAUUUGGUGAAAGGUAACCAAUUGUCAAGAGCACAAAUGUCAGUGACAUGUUCUAAGUGUAACAAAAGUGGUCAUAAUGCAAGGACUUGCAAGGGACAGAAGGCUGGUGGUGCUGGAAGUGCUAAAGUGAAGGCUGGUGGAUCACAAACUUUAAGGAAUGUUGGUGGUGCUAGAAGUGCAAAAGUGAAGGAUGGAAUUGCGAAUGUGAAGGCUGGUGGUGCUGGAUGUGCAAAAGUGAAGGAUGGAAGUGCAAAAGUGAAGGCUGGUGGUGCUGGAAGUGCAAAAGUGAAGGCAGGUGUUAGCAAAAAAGGGAAAGGUGUCCCAUAA